AUGGAGGCCAAGAUCGCUGCCCUCGAGAAAAGGCUCAUCGAGCUGGAAGUCAGAAACAAAGCCACCCCACUCACGGAGGCCGCCCUCGCCUUGAAUGAAGUGGCGGAGAAGAAGAAGGCGGACGAGGCCACAGGAGAUGACUCGAAGGAAGAAAAGAAAGACGAACACGAGCCCGUGUCCAGAGUGAAAGUCGUCAUCACCAGAAGAGAUCCUGAGACCGGUGAGCCAAUUGAAAAGGAGAAGAAAGUCGAGAAGUCCAAGGACGAAGAAUUCGAUCGCGAGAAAUUUGCAUUCAUCUUGCGCAAGAACAUUUACGAAAACAAAUUUUCGCCGUAUCAGACACCAAACGGGUCUGAAAUCGACAUUGUCAGCGAGAACCUAUGGAACCUUCUCAAAAAGUACCUAGGCCACUUCCCUUACCACAUGUUCCGCGAGGAUCCUGUUACGCUCUCUUCACCUUACGACCACAUCGUCUAUGAGUAUGAUGACUUGCUUGCUGAGGCUGAAAAGGCCGAGGAGGAUGAAGAGAACAUGCAGGCCCGCAAGGAUCUGAAGCUUUUGCUCGACACUAUUCGAACCUCCUCAGGCGACGAGAAGUUGGACAAGUAUUUCAAGAUGCGGCCUAACUACAAGAAGCAGACUCCAAACACAAUUCAGUUCGAGGACUUGUGGACGGUGUUCCCACCCGGCAUGCUUGGAGAGGAUCAGGUCUUCGUCGUAAAGGACAACCAGAUGUUUUGGCCUUGGCGAGACCCGAGCAUGCGUGAGUCGCUUCCUUGGAAGUUAGACGCGUGGUCUUACGACUGGAAGGACGGCACCUUCAGUCGUACUUUGUUCACUCUUGAGUUCCAGCAAUUUGACGGACAUCUGCCGCUCACCUCACUCCCAUUCUACCCUUUCGACUUGUGUAAGGAGCAGGAAAAGAUUCGAGAGGAGCUCAUAAAGCGCGGCCAAAAGUUUCGAGAAAUUUGCAAUGCUAGGAACGACUCCAGGCUUUUUGACUACAAAGGACUCUCAAUUCUGGAGACUAAAGGGUUUUCGGGCAUGAAGCAGGAUCAAGAGGCAGGGAUUUCCUACAGACCAACUGGGCGAACUCAGAACUGA